UGAGUUCCUUGCUCUAGUUCUGAGUUCGAGUUUUUCGGACAUAACCUUGCCUCAUCCAGAGGCCAAGAAAACGCCGAAGCAGUGUCAGACUUACCACGGUUGUCUGGUAUUGAUAAAUAAAUGGGUAUAUUAUCACAUCUGAGGAGAAGACUGUAACAUUCCGCAACAACGCAGCUUCCCACGUUGGCCAUUAUUAAACAUAUGGCUGUAAUACCUCCUUUUUUGAGGUCAAAAUAAGUUAGUAGUCUUUCAAUGUCACUGUUGUAGGAUCACCAACAUUUCAACAUUCCCCACGCUUCAAUUAUACAAUGCCAUAUAUUCCCCCCCCAAAAAAUUAUACAAUGACAUACGCUGCUCAACUUCAUUACACAGCAUUCAGUAGAAUUCUUAACAUACAAAAUCCCCUUCUACACUUAUGGACGUAUCUUCAACAAUCGCACACCUGCAUUGCGAAGAAUGCGCUGUCAGAUGGUGCGGUAGUUUGGCGGCUGCUCGUAAAAUUUUUGACGACAUGACAGAAGCAGACGUCUUGUCAUGGAAUGUGAUGAUCGCAGCGUACCAAAGACAGGGGUAUCCUCACAAGGCAGUGACACUCUUCCACAAAAUGCAACAAAAAACUAUCAAACCUGAUCACUUCACGUUUGCUACAAUCCUUCCAGUCUGUGUUAAAUUGGGAGGUUUGGAACAGGGUAUGAAAGUCCAUCAAAGCAUAAUCCAAACUGGGUUUCUAUGUGAUGUUGCAGUUUUGAAUGCUCUGAUAGACAUGUAUGCAAAAUGUGGAAACAUAGACAAGGCACGGGAACUGUUUGACAAAAUGCCUCAAAGAAAUGUGCUAUCAUGGAAUACAAUGAUUGCAGGGUACAUGCAAAAUGGUGUUAUUGACGAGGCUUUGAGGUUUUGGAAAGAAAUGCCUCGACGAGAUGUGGUGUCAUGGAACGCAAUGGUUGCAGGAUAUGCACAAAAUGGGUUUGUUGACGAGGCCUUGGAGACUCUUAAGGAAAUGCAAUUUGCAGGUCUAAAGCCAAACUCCACUUCUUUUGCCAGCAUCCUUCCAACCUGUGCCAAAAUGGGAACUUUGGAUCAGGGUAUGGACAUUCAUCAUAUGAUAAUAGAAUGUGGAGAAUAUUUAGAUGUUGUAGUAGCCAGUGCACUGGUAGACAUGUAUGCAAAAUGUGGAAGCAUAUGUAAGGCAAGAAAAGUGUUCGAAAAAAUACCUAAAAGAGACGUGGUCUCAUGGAAUACAAUGGUUGCAGGAUAUACAAAAAAUGGAGCUCUUGACGAGGCUUUAAGCCUUUUCAAAGAAAUGCCUCAACGGGAUGUGGUCUCAUGGAAUGCUUUGAUUGCAGGAUAUGCAGAAAAUGGGUUUGUUGAAAAGGUCUUGAGGAUUUUUAAGCAAAUGCAGUUGGCAGGUAUAAAACCUAACUCCACAACGUUUGCCAGCAUACUCCCAGCCUGUGCUAAAAUGGGAGCUUUGGAACAGGGUAUGGACUUCCAUCAAAGAAUAAUUGAAGGCGGAUUUUUGUUAGAUGUUACAGUUGUAAAUGCGCUCAUAGGGAUGUAUGCCAAAUGCGGAACUAUAAAGAAAGCAUGUCAACUAUUUCAGAAAAUGCCUCAACGAGAUGUGGUCUCAUGGAAUGCAAUGCUUGCAGCAUAUGGGCAGAAUGGGCUUGUUGAAAAGGCUUUGGAGACUUUAAAGCAAAUGCAAUUGGCAGGUGUGAAGCCAAACUCCACAACUCUUGUCAGCAUUCUCCCAGCUUGUGCUAAGAUAGGAACUCUGGAACAUGGCAUGGAUUUUCAUCAAAAAAUAAUCAAAAGCGGACUUUUGUCGGAUUCGGCAGUCUCAAAUUCCCUGAUAGUCGUGUAUGCGAGAUGUGGAAGUGUACAAAAGGCACAAAAACUGUUUGACGGAAUGUUUCAACAAAAUGUGGUCUCGUGGAAUGCAAUGAUUGCAGGAUAUGCAAUGCAAGGCUAUGGCAAGGAUGCUCUCAAACUCUAUGAACUAAUGAAGCACUCUGAAUCGUACCCUGACCAUGUAAGCUUCGUUUGUGUUUUAUUUGCAUGCAGCCAUGCAGGUUUAGUGGAUGAGGGCUGCAAGCACUUCAAUGACAUGAGAUACUCUCAUUGCAUUAUGCCUACAAUGGAUCACUAUGUAUGCAUGGUUGACCUUCUUGGGCGUGCUGGCUAUCUUGAUGAAGCUUUCAACUUUUUCAUUAAAAUACCAACUAAACCUACAGCGGUUCUUUGGAUGUGUUUGCUUGGCGCUUGUAGAUCAAAUAAGAACAUUACCCUAGGAGUAUUUUCAGCCACUUUCCUUCUUACGCUGGAUCCUAUAAAUGAUGCCCCUUAUGUUCUUCUGUCAGACAUCUAUGCGGAAGUUGGCAGGUGGGCCGAUGUUCUAAAUGUAAGGAGAAUGAUGAAAAAUAGAGGAGUUAAAAAGAUACCUGGAUGUAGUUGGAUUGAAGUCCAUAAAAUGGUACAUGUUUUUUGUGUUGGAGACAGAUCUCACCCCCAAGCACGAGGGAUCUAUGCAAAGCUGGAGAAAUUGUCUUGGGAGAUGAAAGCAGCAGGGUAUUUUCCGGAUUCAAGACAUGUACUAAAUGAUGUGGAAGAAGAGGAAAAAGAAACAUUCCUCUGCCAGCAUAGUGAGAAGUUGGCAAUUGCAUUUGGAUUGAUGAACAUGCCUCCUGGAACAACUAUUAGAGUUGUUAAGAACCUUCGAGUAUGUAAUGACUGCCACACUGCAGCCAAAUUUAUCGCCAAAAUUGUUUCAAGAGAAAUUGUUGUGAGAGAUGUAAGUCGGUUCCAUCAUUUUAAACAAGGACAAUGUUCUUGUGGAGAUUAUUGGUAAUGUUAAAGUGAAUAAAGCUGUAAGCAUAGACCUGCACUGUAACAAGGUGCAUUAUGUCAGAUUUGUUGUGUUAUGAUGCAAUCAGGUUUAAUUUUCAGUUUCUAAAGAAGUUUUCUGUAAGUCAUUGAGAGCUAGACCAUGCUGUUGACUUCAUAACAUCAGAUGUAUAGCAUGCAUCACUUCUAAGGACCUGUUUUAUAAUCGAGUGAAUGUCUCAUGUCAUUGAACUAUUUUUCAAGAAGGUUGUUUAUCUAUUAAUUGAAAAGCUGGAGGAGAUAGAGAAUUGGAAAAUCAAAAGAGGAAUGCCUGAACAAAAUUAAAAGCUGCUCAGCCAACAGAAAAUGUGAAACAGGUAUGGGAAAAUCAAAAGGAGAGGAAUGCUUGAACAAAAUGAAAAGCUGCUCAGCCAACAGGAAAUGUGAAAGAACAGGUUACAAGUCAUCCAAUUUUGGGAGACCACAAUGAGAGCAUCUUUUGAUAAUUCUUUACCCCAACCCUUGUCAUUUUGUAUGGCUUUUUUCUCUGGAUUAAUUGCAUUAUCUUGUGCCUAUGUCAGAUCUACCAUUGAAAUCAAAUUAUCAGUUUCACUUGAAGUGCAAUGGGCACGCCAAUAGGCACUUAAAUUUUGUGAGGAGCUACAGGAAACGACAUUUCUCCAAGGAAGUCCAAGCCAGGGUGCAAUCUCUAAUUAUUCAUUCGGAGAUGCAGGGAACAAGGGGACCGCCAAUACCCGAGGUUUUGGUACCUGCCCUGUAUAUUUUGAAAAAUGAAUUGAGUCGUUACUGAUUUUGUUA